AUGGAUUGGUUUUCAGAAUUUACAUUCUUCACUGAGCAAGAAAUGAAAGAGCUGAAGACUGCUUAUGAGCAGGGUGGGCUGAGCAAGUGUGCGACACGGAUCAUGACAAAAUUGAACGAUAUGAAAAAUGCAGAGCUUAACAUCGCUGUGACCGGAGAUCCCGGUGCAGGGAAAUCCACCUUCAUCAACGCCAUGAGGGGGCUGCGGGGCUGCGAUGAGGGUGCAGCUAAAACCGGAGUCAAUGAAACCACAAUGGAGCGAACGCCAUACAAACAUCCCACCUUCCCUAAUGUUUGCUUCUGGGACCUGCCGGGAGUUGGAUCGUUAGAGUUUCCAAUGAAGGAUUACGCGAGCAAAAUGGAAUUUACUACAUACGAUUUUUUCAUAAUAAUCUCAAAUGAUCGAUUCACUGAAAACGAUGUAAAGGUCGCCAAGGAGAUUCAAAACUUGGAGAAGAAGUUAUACUUCGUACGAAGUCAAAUUGACAAUGACAUCGAAUCUUUGAAAAAGCAGGGUAUUGUUUUUGACAGAAAGGAGAAACUUGCUGAGAUGAAACAAAAAAUAAGUUGCGGUUUGAUGGAAGCGGGGAUUUCAGACCCCAAUAUUUUCCUCAUAUCAAAUCUUUCCUUAAAUGAGUUUGAUUUUCCUCAGUUAAAGGAAACGCUUGUAAAUAAUCUCGAUAGAAUGAAAAAAGAUGUUUUAUUGAUGUCACUUCCAAGCACAACGGUGAAGAUUGUGGAGCUGAAACGAGACCAGUUGAUGAAACGUAUCUGGAUGGUGGCGAUAGCCUCAGGAGCCUUGGGAGCGGUGGCUGUUCCCGGGUUGACUUUCGUCGUUAACCCCAGGAUAAUAGCCACUGUAAUACUAGAUUUCCACAAAUGUCUCAGCCUGGAUGAUGCCUCCAUUGAAAGCCUCGCCAAUAUCGCAAAUAAAUCUGUGGAAUUUCUGAAAGCAGAAGUGAAAACCCCUCUGAUGGGUGAAGUGAAUAACGCGCUUGUGCACCAAAUGUUUGGGCGUUUUAGUUUUUUUGUGGAAGUGGUCCAAAGCAUGCUACCAGUCAUAGGCUCCAUCUUCGGGGCAGUAUCGUCAUAUAGAAUGACUUCCAAGCUGCUGACUGACGCACUGAAUGAACUUGUGGACAAUGCCCAGAGAUUGGUGGCAGUUGCAUUUCCCACUGAUCCUAGUCAUCGGCAAUGA